AUGUCUCGAAGAACCUUCCCGAUGGCUUUCAUGGUGUUCGCCAUUGUAUACUGGGUCAUGUACACACUGCCUUUUGCUGAUGAUGUCAAGACGCACCGUACAUUUUGUGAAGCGCGGCAAACGUUUGCAUCCUACAUAUUUGCAUUUGGGGCUAAACAUUCAUUCCUAUUAUUUGGUAAAAAAAAUCCGCAAUUGUUAUUUGUUUGUUUAAUUUUUGCCACAGAAAUCAAUUUGUUACAUCUGUUUCGAUCCCAUGUCACUCUGCGCAAGAAAGCGCUGGCCUUAAGGGAAAGGGGGUCAAGAGCCAGCCAAAAACGUUGGAUGGUUUUGGUGCGAGCAUCAGGUGCUGUCGGCAAUCAAAAACCCUGUUAUUACUUUCAAAUCACUGGUUCAACCCAAACCACUAGAUCAAAUUGUCUCUGUAUGUUCCCAAUCUAA